UCGCAGUGAACGCGACCUGCAAACUAGGGCACUUUGGUUCCGACGAAAUCCCUCCCCCUCAGGCAAGUCCCUAGAAAGAGAGCGCAGGGGCCUGAGUGUCACAUGACCACUUCCCGGAAGCGCGGCAGACCCGCUUCACUUCAGUCUGGGUUAAGGUGGAGGAGAAUUCCCGGAAUUAUGGCGAAGUCCGGACUGGGGCAGGAUCCUCAGAGCACAGCUGCAGCCACUGUGCUCAAGCGGGCGGUAGAACUAGAUUCGGAGUCGCGGUAUCCGCAGGCUCUGGUGUGUUACCAAGAGGGGAUUGAUCUGCUCCUGCAGGUUCUGAAAGGUACCAAAGAUAAUACUAAGAGAUGUAAUCUCAGAGAAAAAAUUUCCAACUACAUGGACAGAGCGGAAAACAUAAAGAAGUACUUGGAGCAAGAAAAAGAAGAUGGAAAAUAUCACAAGCAAAUUAAAAUAGAAGAGAAUGCAACAGGUUUCAGUUAUGAGUCACUUUUUCGCGAAUAUCUUAAUGAGACAGUUACAGAAGUUUGGAUAGAAGAUCCUUAUAUUAGACAUACUCAUCAGCUGUAUAACUUUCUUCGAUUUUGUGAGAUGCUUAUUAAGAGACCAUGUAAAGUAAAAACUAUUCACCUUCUCACCUCUCUGGAUGAAGGCACUGAGCAAGUGCAGCAAAGUAGGGGCCUGCAAGAAAUAGAAGAGUCACUCAGGAGUCAUGGUGUGCUGUUGGAAGUGCAGUACUCUUCUUCAAUACAUGACCGAGAAAUUAGGUUCAACAAUGGAUGGAUGAUUAAGAUUGGAAGGGGACUUGAUUAUUUUAAGAAACCACAGAGUCGUUUUUCCCUUGGAUAUUGUGAUUUUGAUUUAAGACCAUGUCAUGAAACAACAGUGGACAUUUUUCAUAAGAAACAUACCAAAAAUAUAUGAUGGGCAGUAGCCUAAUUUGUAUUAUGUCUAUUUUAUGUGAAUAUUGGAUUUUUUUUAAAAGAUCACUUUUGUAAUGUAUGAAUUUAACAACAAACUUUUAUAUUUCUACUAAUUUAUGGAUCCAUCAUUCGGUUGUGGGAACAAUCCUGAAUAUUUUUGUAACUAUAUUACUCAGUAGAUUUACAAUGUUUCUUUCAAGUAAUACAGCUAAUUUAAACAUG